UUUAGACUACAUGUUAUCUAAAGUGAACAGUGUUUGUCAAAUUAUCAUCUGAAUCUAUUAUAAGUACGCGAUAGCCCUUACUGUGGCGAAAGGCUCCUGCCAACAACAGAAAUCUAGAUAUUUUUAACGCGUUCCAGAAAAACUAAUUGUUCAGGAAAUGAAAUCGCACAUCGCGUUUUUCCUGGAGUUUGUCGCCAUCGUGCCUUUCCACGGAAUUCAAGCUUCGAUCCCAAAACUACCAGUAGCCUUCUGGCCAUUUGAUGACGCCAACCUGGGCAAUGACGUCAGCGGCAAUGGUCACCACGGUGUUCUUUAUAACAUCAGUCUAGCACCAGGCCCAUAUGGCGAUGACAGAGCUUUGGGGUUCUCAGCAGCCGACGGUUCUUACAUUAUGAUUCCGAACAAUGGGGGUUUGGACGUAAGGAACAGAUUUACAUUAGUUUUCCUUAUGUUCCCAGAGAGUAAUGCGUUGCAAACUUUAUUUGAAUACAGAGUGAUUCAUCGUUAUGGGCUUCAUGUUAUGCAGCACCCAACGGGAACAUCGUUUUGGACAAACGUGGUGGAAAAUCCAUCGCUGAGAGAACAUCCUAUAGAACUUAAGAAUGCGUUCACGUUGAAUACUUGGCACAAAGCAUUCGUUCGGUAUGACUAUGACUCGGGAAAUCUAGACAUAGGGGUGUCGACGUUAGCCCGCCCGCUGACUGUGGGUAACACCGCAAAUAUUGGCUCAAUUAGUGCUUCGACCAGCGGCACGCUUGAUUUAGGUCGGAGGAUGAUUUAUCCUAAUCGGUACCAGGGGCGACUUGCGUGCGUGCAGCUGUUCGGUACGCCCUUGAGCUUGAGAGAGGUGGAGGACGCCUUAGCUCGAUGUAAACCGGAGUACAAACAAGAUCGAAUGUUGCACAAGUGGCCGACAACAUCACUGAUUCCUAGCCCCGCCGUUGUCCACCAUGUUGCAAGCCUGAUCCAUUGCUCUGCCAAGUGCUUGCGAGCAACAUGCCGCAAUCUGGCUUACAGGAGAGAGAACGGGACGUGUUUGCUGGGACACGGGUUUGGCCUGAAGGAGGUGGAAGAUUCUGGGUUUGUGGUGUUUGGGGACGUUCCUUAAUUAAUGGCAUGCAAUGGCAUUUAUAUACCCCGGUAUAGCUUAAUGUAAUUUUUAAUUUUCCCCUUUUCUCUUUAAGGGGUAUAUCAUUCAAAACUACUGAAAAAGUUACGAUGUACAAAUCGUUUUCGAAUUCUAUAUUCCUUUUUGAAUAAAUUGUUUAGACCAUGUGAUUUUUCGUCAAAACCAAGGGCCUAAAAACAAGGAAUAUACCCUUAUGGCUCAACCGAGCUGUAAUUCAAUCUGGUAAACACGUAAAGAAUGAUUUCAAUGGCAAAAAAUGUUUUAUUUUAACUUGCACAAGUUCAGUAUAGUUUCCAAUGUUAGACACCAUAUGUUUGCUCAUAUAAUUCUGUAAAAACCUUUUGUAGCAUCGAGAGUAAAAUAACCAGAGAAGUACCAGUACAUGAAUAAUUUAUACAGCAAACAGUGGAAAUUUUAGCGGCCCGUAACGGGGUGUAGUUUUCACCAUAGCAUCUACCAUUACCAUUGAUUUUAAUUUCUGGAAAUGGAUUCCCAAACUUUGUUUCACGUCAAACGACUCAAGUUUGAUAAAUGAUUAGCGCGUCCCAUAAUGGGGUACAUAUAUAAAGCCAUGUCAGUUGUUGUCUGGUCCUGGUACUAAUACAUUACUACUGAAAACUAGCCUUGGAUCAUUAGGAAAGCACAUGAAUAUUUAAUUGUCAUUAAGGCUUUGUAAAACGUAUCUGUGCUGUAGAAGCUGGCGACAUAGAUGCAUGGCAUUGUUUGCGUUGUUUUCAUUCCAUUUUAGAUUCAUCUUGUUCUAUUUAAUUUGUUUUGUUGAUAUGAGGGAUUGUUCAAUGUUGCUUUUGUAAUGUUUUCUAUUCUUUCAAUACGUUAACGAUGCGCUGUAAAUGGCUUCAAAAGAGCAUCUCCUUAAUUUCUGUAAAGCCGAGCCUAUUGCGUUUUAUUACAAAAUCGCGAAAUCGGCUUCUUUUAUUUCAGAAGGUUUAUUUAUCAGGUAUCAUGACAAAUACAAAUAUAAAAAUGAUCUGCAAUUGAAAAGCCCUUAAUGGCAUUAAGGUUACAAACAAACUUAUCCAAGUAUAGUUCGUAAAAUACUUAAGAAUUAUUUAUAUUCAAACACCUAUUUGUCACAGACGCUUCACUCUACCGUGAAGUAAUUAUUGUCUACAGCAAUCUAUUCCAUCAAUGUGAGGUAAAAACCUUUAUACGAGACUUAUUUUGUAAAUUUAAUUGAGAAGUAAGAUGGGUAAAUGUUCACAUGGGUAAAUGUUCAAUGUUUUCUUUUUUUUUUUGAAAAGCAGCUUAUACUUUUAGAUGGUUCUGUUGUCCUAUCCACAGCGAGAGUGACUUUACAGCAUUAAUAACUACAACAUGAAGGUUAUAUGGUCAGUUGCCAAUUUAACUCGCUCUAACUUAUACCCAAUAUGUUUAUUCCAUAAGAAAAAAAUAUAGAUGCUCCUGCUAGUCUGUUAAUCUAAUUACAUUCAGGGCCCGCGGAGUAGGAUCGAUCUACGUAGACCGAUAGUAAAAGCACAUUGAUUUUAGUUGCAAUGCUCAAUUCACAAAUAUGGAUUGACAACAUAGUGAACUAGAAAAGCACUCCGAGGGUGCAGGUCUCUGCAGGCAGCAAAGUCUCCAUCCAAUUCCG